CCGCCACCGCCGCCGCAGCCAUGUCCCAGAAGAAGUCGCGCGGCGGAGCCUCCGCCGGAGACGACGCCGACGAGCUCUCGCGCUCGCCCCUCCAGGCCGUGCUCCUCGCCGACAGCUUCACGCUCAAGUUCCGCCCCAUCACCCUCGAGCGCCCCAAGGUGCUGCUGCCGCUGGUGAACGUGCCGAUGAUCGACUACACGCUGUCGUGGCUGGAGACCUCGGGCGUGGAGGAGGUCUUCGUCUUCUGCUGCGCGCACGCGCAGCAGGUCAAGGAGCACCUGCAGGACGCCGGCUGGACCGGGAAGCCCGCGGCCCGCGAGAUGGCCGUCAGAACCGUUGAGUCGCACGACGCCAUCAGCGCAGGCGACGCGCUCCGCGUCAUGUACGGCCGCGGCGUUAUAAAUGGGGAUUUUAUCCUCAUCAGUGGUGAUACAAUCAGCAACAUGAGCUUGAAAGAUGCUCUCCAGGAGCACAAGGACAGAAGGAAAAAGGACCCGCUUGCUGUUAUGACUAUGAUUAUAAAGCAGUCAAAACCUUCAGUACUGACGCAGCAGACACGUCUGGGGAAUGAUGAAAUUGUUAUGGCUAUAGCUCCUGAGACCAAGGAGCUACUUUAUUACGAGGAUAGAGCUGAUGCCUCACACCUGUGCGUGACAAUUGAUAAAGAUAUACUGGCCAGUAAUCCUACUCUCCAGUUGCAUAAUAACAUGGAGGAUUGCUAUAUUGAUAUCUGCUCGCCGGAAGUCCUUAGUCUUUUUACCGACAACUUUGACUAUCAACAUCUCCGGCGUCAUUUUGUGAAGGGUUUACUAGUUGACGAUAUUAUGGGGUACAAAAUUUAUACUCAUGAAAUACACUCCAGCUAUGCCGCAAGAGUAGAUAAUUUCAGGAGCUAUGAUACAGUGAGUAAAGAUAUAAUACAAAGAUGGACAUACCCUAUGGUGCCUGAUGUGUUAUCCUUUGGUAACUGCCAUGAAAUGAAACUACAUCGGCAAGGAAUUUACAAGGCAGCAGAUGUAACAUUGUCGCAUUCUGCACAUAUUGGUGCGAAUUCUGUUAUUGGCAAUGGUACAAAUAUCGGGGAGCAGUGCAAGGUAUCAAAUUCAGUCAUUGGGGAAGGUUGCAGUAUUGGGAAAAACGUUCUUAUUCACGGGUCCUAUAUAUGGGAUAAUGUCAUAAUUGAAGAUGGAUGCAAAGUGAGUAACUCCUUAGUCUGCGAUGACGUUCAUUUAAGGGCAGGUGCUGUUGUUGAGCCUGGCUGCAUAUUGUCAUUUAAGAUUAAAGUUGGAAAGAAUGUUGUUGUUCCCGCCUAUUCAAAAGUUUCACUACUUGAAAAGCCUUCAAAUGAAGAUAGUGAUGAGGAACUUGAGUAUGCUGAUACCAAUUCUGCAGUUACAGAUAGUCCACCCUUUUCCAGCAUGAGGAAUAAUGCCGACCACCCUACUGUCGAAUCUGAAGAUGAAGACUUGGGGGCAUCUGAGACUGGUACCUCUGGUGUCCUUGGUUACAUAUGGGCAAGUGGUGAUACUGGAACUCAGGAGGAGUGGAGACAAUCAAUUGCUCCAAUUCCUAAAGAAAAACUUCAAGAGUUGCAGCAUGCUAUUGCUGUUGAUGACGCCGAUGGAUCAGAAGAAGACUUGAACAACCGUCUACGUGAAGCAGACCAUGACAAUGAUUCCGAGAUUAGUGUGGUUGAGGAUGAUGAUUAUACUAAGUUUGAGAAAGAGGUCGAAGAGACAUUCCAACGAGCACUUGAUGGGGUUCAUCAAGACAACUUGAUACUAGAAAUUAAUGCGCUCAGGUUGUCUUAUAGCCUUCAGCAUGCAGAUUGUGCUGGAGCAGUUUUUUAUUCGAUCAUGAGGAGUGCACUAGUGGCUGCACAAUCUACUACUGAGAGUCUUCUAAAGGCAACUGCAGAUGCGCUUACCAAGUGGAGGGACCUUUUACGCAAUUACACCAAGACGGUUGAUGAGGAGAUGGAAAUACUUUUGAAGUUUGAGGAAAUGUGUCAAGAUAUCACAAAAGAAUUCUCUGCACUUUUUUCAAAGAUAUUGCCUUAUCUCUAUGAUAAGGAGCUAGUUAGCGAAGAUGCAAUUUUGAGAUGGGCGGAAGAAAAAGCGAAUGCCGAUGAGUCUGAUAAAGUUUUCGUUAAACAGUCUGAUGCUUUUAUUCAGUGGCUUAAGGAAGCUGAAGAAGAGGAGGAUGAAGAUGAAGAAGAGUAGAUUUGUAGCCCAUACUUGCACCCUUUUCCAACCUCAGAGGGGUGCCGCGUUCGUUGUCCAAUUUGAGUGGUUUCCUGGCGAGUUUGCAGCCGGAAAGUUUUGGAAGCUCGAUGUACAUUACAUAAUCCCAGUUUUGUCCCUAACCAAUCGGAGGAGGAAAAAACAUUUGCCCAUGAGGCAUGGGCCACCGCUGAACAACUGCAGAGUGUAGAUAUAUGUAUUUCUUCGCCGAUGCUUCCAUGAAAGCUUGUUUUGCUGA